ACAGUGUGUCAUCCUGACUUCAGCUCUGAAAUCAAACCCAUCACACCUGAGAGAACUGAACCUGAGCAGGAAUAAACUACUAGGAGACUCUGGAGUGAAACACCUCAGUGAUCUACUGAUGAACACACAAUUCAAGCUGGAGAAACUAGAUCUGUGUGGAUGCAGUAUUACAGAGAAACAGUGUCUCAUCCUGACUUCAGCUCUGAAAUCAAACCCAUCACACCUGAGAGAACUGAACCUGAGCUAUAAUGAACUACUAGGAGACUCUGGAGUGAAACACCUCAGUGAUCUACUGAUGAACACACAAUUCAAGCUGGAGAAACUACAUCUGUGUGGAUGCAGUAUUACAGAGAAACAGUGUCUCAUCCUGACUUCAGCUCUGAAAUCAAACCCAUCACACCUGAGAGAACUGAACCUGAGCGGGAAUCAAAUAAAAAACACAGGAGUGAAUCACUUAUGUGACGUACUGAAGGAUUCACGCUGUAAACUGGAGAGAUUGAGUCUUCGUUACUGUGACAUUACAGAUGUUUCUUUGACAAACACAAAAGCUCUGCAGUUUCUAAAAAAGCUUGAUCUGAGAGAGAAUAUGAUUGGAGACUCAAAGCAGAAGCUCAUUGAUGUGCUACGAGACACAAACUGUAAACUGCGAGUAUAGAAGGAGUGAAAUCAGCAGAAGCUGAUGAAAGCAGUAUCUCAUAAAGUGAAGUGAUCUUGAGAGGAGCAGUAAACAUCAGCUGAAGAUCCACAGAAGAGCUUCACUACUGUGUCUAUGAGGAGAAAUAAAUGUGUGAUAAAUGUGUAAAUGUGAUCCAUACAGGUGAAGAGACUCAGACUUUACAAUCAAAUAAUGCAGCAUGUGUAUUAGAAACAUGAUAUUGAAUGAUUAAUGUUGCUUUAGUAUUCAAGCAGAUGAUCAUUGUGUUUAAUGUAAAGCUGGAACAGAGGAGGAAGAAGCUCAGAUGAGUCUGUCUGGCUCUUCGGUUUAAUAAUAUUUCUAUUAAACUCAUUCAUAAUGAUUCAGAUGUUUAAAUGUGAUUGUCAAGUGCAGCACUUAAAUGUGUCAAAAGAUAUAAAGCAAAUCUACAAUGUGUGAAACUUAAAACAUUUCCAUGAUACAAAUAUUCUACAUCUACCGUGUCAGUAUUAGAUAAAGUAUAAAUGUGAGUUAGUAGUUAGCUCAAGGCAAUAUCAGCGCUGGUUCUGGAGCCGGAGAGCUCUUCAGCAUCUGAUUUGAUCAUCACUUCAGUCUUUUAUAGACAGCAGGUUGAUCCAGUGGUGGACAGUAAAUCAGGGAAUGUGACUCAUCCCAGGACACGUCUGUUGCUGAAGUCACCUCCACCCAAUUCAUGACUCCUCCAGACUGAUAAACUCUUUUGCUCUUUCAGUUGUUAAUAAAUUAAAAUCCUUAGACUGUGGACAGGUAAAAUAAUCAAA